UUUUGUCAAUGGUGUGAGAUUUGGGUCGAUUAUGUCAUGGCGGGUUAGAUGUUUCGGCACUGGGUUUCGUUGAAUUUGUUUUGAAUUACGCUGUCAAUGAUCUCGUUUGGUCAAUCGGUGUUUAACACUUACGGUAUCUGUAUACUGAUAAUCGUUUCGUAAACAUUUCAAAUGCUGAAACAAUUGCAAAUGGGCAUUCGCGCGUUCAUGCUAAUCGCAUCCAAAGUAUGGAGUUGUUUUUGUUACAUGUUUAGAAAGCAAUAUCGAGCGUUGGCUCAAUAUCAAUCUGUCAAAUAUGAAAUAUAUCCACUAUCCCCUGUAUCUCGACACAGGCUGAGUCUAGUCAAAAGAAAAAUGCUGGUCCUAGACUUAGACGAGACGCUCAUACACUCGCACCACGACGCGAUGCUGCGGCCGACGGUGAAGCCCGGCACGCCUCCGGACUUCGUGCUCAAAGUGACGAUAGACAAACACCCAGUCAGAUUUUUCGUGCAUAAACGGCCUCACGUUGAUUAUUUUUUGGAUAUAGUGUCACAGUGGUACGAGUUGGUGGUUUUCACAGCGUCGAUGGAGAUAUACGGGGCGGCGGUCGCGGACAAGCUGGACAAUGGACGGGGGAUCCUUAGGAGGAGAUUUUACAGACAGCACUGUACGGCAGAACACGGGUCAUAUACAAAGAACCUGUCGUCGAUAUGUGACGAUCUAAACAGGGUCUUUAUCCUAGACAAUUCUCCGGGAGCAUACCGGGAUUUCCCAGACAACGCCAUCCCCAUCAAGUCGUGGUUCUCGGACCCGCUGGACGUGGCGCUGCUCAACCUGCUGCCGGCGCUCGACGCGCUGCGCUUCACGCACGACGUGCGCUCCGUGCUGUCGCGCAACCUGCACCUGCACCGCCUGUGGUAGCGACCGCGGCGAAUACCGGCUUUUGUACAAAUGAAGGAGGCCGUGGCGCUUCCGGAUCCUAUUUAUUAUUAUUUUUUUCACUCCUUCAGCGCUUCUAUUCAAAUAUACAUAUAGAUUUAAUAUAGUUAAAUAAUGUUUUUUUUAAGUUUUGUUUUUAAAAUGAAAAGUGAUUAGUGUAUAAUAUACCUAGACAGUGUAUAUUUUAAGUCGACCUACAUGUGUGGGAGUGUGGGUAGUUUUUGAAACGCCCAUUUAUUAUCUGUGGAACGCUAUGGACUUGGACCUUCAUGUGUCUCUUUCGCUCGUACCGUGUAGAGCGAGACGGCUGAUUUCUAUACCGGAUUUUGUUUAAGUGUAGUAUGUAGUUAUCUUAAGAACCAUUACACACGAAUGGUUUGUGCUCUCCGUUACUUGAAAGGAAUAUUUUUAUUAUAUUUCCUUUCUGUGCAAAAUUUUAUUGCAAUCAGAUUUUUUUUUUCAUUUUGUAUCAAUAUUUGUAAAUUUUAAUACAAAAUUAUAUAUUUUAAAACUCGGAGAGAAUGUUUUAUAUAAAAGUUACGAUUGUGUUACAAUAAAUAAAUGUAAUUUAGUUUUUCAAAAAUUGUAUGAAAUUUAAUUGUUUCCAUACAAUGAUUCGAUGACUGUGUGAUAUUUUGUGAAUCAACAUUAUGUACUCAAAAGACCCCACCUAUGUUAACGAGUUACAACAGCUAGUGAAACUCACAUUGCUAUAAUAAACCUAGAACCGGAACGAAAUAUAACUUAAUACCUGAUAACUUAUUUGUUACCUUUUCACAACAAGCACUACUGUAAAAUAUUUACUAACUUAAAGACCUGUAUCAAAACUAUCAGAUUUACAUUCUAUAUUAGAAUGUGUUAUGUAUACUAAUUACUUAUAUACACUUCCAUUAACAAUACAGUAACUAUUAUUGGAAAUUGUAAAGCUACUGUUACACUGGCAACAAAUAAGAAUUCAUUUUAAAGC